AUGGGAUUUUUUAUUCAAGAUCUUUAUCGAGAAAUGGAACGCCUGCAUUCAGAGGCUCAAUAUACGGACAAAAUAAUCGUUUAUCGAGGACAAGGCUUAUCAAAUGCCGAUUUUGAAACGAUAAAAAAAGGUAAAGAGGAUCUUCUCUCCUUUAAUAACUUUUUAUCGACAAGUGCUGAUCGAGAUGUAAGCUUGAUGUUUGCAGACAGCGCUCGAUCAAAUCUUGAUAUAAUAGGAGUUCUAUUUCAAAUGGAAGUCGAUCCAUCUAUUUCGUCAAUUCCAUUCGUUCAAAUAAACAUCUUCGAUGAAGAUCGAGAGAUUCUCUUUUCAAUGCACACUGUUUUCCGAAUUAGUGAUAUCCAACAAAUCGACAAUCAGUUAUGGCAAAUAAAGCUAAUAUUAACGAGUGACACUGAUUCACAAUUGGAAUGUUUGGCCGACUAUAUUCGGAAUGAAAUUGAGGACGAAAAUCCUUUAAAUCGUUUAGCCUUAUUAAUGAACAAAAUGGGUCAUUUCGAUAAAGCUAAAGAAAUCUAUACGACCUUGCUAGAAACUACAUCUUCAGCUACAAAUUAUAGCAGUAUUGGUUUGAUAUAUCAAUCAAUGGGAAAUUAUUCUACCGCAUUGUCUUACUAUGAAAAGACGCUUGAAAUUGAUAAAAACUCUCUUCCAUACGAUCAUCCAUCGUUAGCCAUUACAUAUAACAACAUUGCCGGCGUUCAUCAAUCCAUCGGAAACUAUUCAUUGUCACUCUCAUUUUAUACGAAAGCACUCGAAAUUAAGCAGAAGAGUCUUCCACCAAAUCAUCCAUCAUUGGCAACUACCUACAAUAAUAUCGGCGAAGUGUAUAGUUCAAUGGGCGAAUACUCUAAAGCACUUUCAUUCUAUGAAGAAGCAUUAAAGAUUCAGCGAAAAUACUUUCCGUAUAAUCAUCUAGCGUUGGCUAUUACGUAUAACAACAUUGGUUCAGUACAUCGAUUACUAGGAAAUACUUGCAUUGCAAUCGAGUUCUAUGAUAAAACACUUGAAAUCGAGCUUCAUUAUCUUCUACCCAAUCAUCCAUCAUUGGCUAUUACUUACAACAACAUUGGUCUUUUGCAUAGCUCCAAAAAAAACUAUCCAACUGCUCUUUCUUAUUAUGAAAAGGCGCUUGAAAUUGGACACAAAACCCUCCCAUCGGAUCAUUCAUCGUUAGCUUUACUCUAUAAUAACAUUGGUGAAGUUUAUGAUUCAAUGGAAAAUCAUUCAGUAGCGCUAUCUUUCUAUGAAAAGUCACUAGAAAUUCUACAGAAAUCGCUUCCACCUAAUCAUCCAGAAUUAGCUGCUGUUUAUAACAAUAUUGGCGAGGUAUAUCGAUCGACAGGAAAUUAUUCAAGAGCAUUGUUAUAUUAUGAAAACACGUUAAAAAUUGAACAAAAAGCUCUUCCAUUGAAUCAUCCAUCGUUGGCCAUUACCUAUACCAAUAUGGCUGUAGCAUUAGAAGAUCUUCAGCGAUAUAACGAGGCUAUUGAACUUACAGAACGAGCUGUUGAUAUUAUUCGUCAUACCUUUGAAUCCAAUCAUUCAAAAACAAAAGAAAUUCAAAAUUACCUAGACAAACUUCGAAAAAAACUUUAA